CCUGGAGGUGGGGGCGGCUCGUCGCAGUCGCUCUCUGCGGGGGACGGAGCGUGUCAGACGGGAUGGAGGUUGUCGGUGUCCGCCGGCAGCUCCGCUGAUCUGCGGCCGGCCGGUGCGGUCGACAUGUCGGUGUCCGGGAUGAAGAAGCAGCUGCACAAAGCGAGCCAGCUGCUGAACGAGAGGCUGAUGGGAGCAGAAGGAACCAAACUGGAUGAAGAUUUCCUGAAGAUGGAGAAGAGUGUCACCGUGAUUCACAUCCUGCUGGCUGAGCUCUUGUCCAAAACCACCGAGUUCCUGCAGCCAAACCCAGCGUACCGAGCCAAACUGAGCAUGCUCAACACCGUGUCCAGGAUUCGAGGGCAGGGCCGGGCGACCGGCUACCCGCAGACAGAGGGCAUGCUGGGAGACUGUAUGCUGCUGUACGGUCAGGAGCUCGGAGCUGCUUCUGAAUUUGGCGGCGCUCUGUCUGGUGUCGGUGAAGCUCUGCAGCAGGUCGCUCAGGCCAGAGACUCUCUGGACGUCAACGUCAAGCGAACCUUCAUCGACCCCAUGCAGGAUCUGCACAACUCAGAGCUGAAGGACAUCAGGUACCAGCUGAAGAAGGUCAACGGUCGUCGGCUGGAUUUCGACUACAAGCGAAGACGAAGAGGGAAAGUUCCAACAGAAGAGCUGCGACAGGCCUGGGACAAGUUUGUCACCUCCAAAGAGCUGGCGGAGAGGAGCAUGUUCACGCUGCUGCAGAACGACGUGGAUCAGCUCGGUCGUCUGGCCACUCUGGUCACUGCGCUGCUCGACUUCCACCGCAGCGCCCACCGCAUCCUGCAGGGUCUCCAUGGCAACCUGCAGGCCAGGCUGACGGCUGCCAGCAACAAACCUGAGCGUCGGUUCAGAUCCAGAAAGAUCCGAGUCAGGAGCGACCACAGCAGCAGCAUCGGGUUUUACCACCAGCCGUCUUCUGUUUCCUCAGGAGAGCAGUUCACGGUGUUACCGUCCAGACCAGGCAGCCCCAUCUCCUGUUACGCCGACAGUAAGCUGGUCCUGGAUCAGCCCUGUUGCCGGGCGAUGUACUCCUUCUUGCCGAACCACGAGGGCGAGCUGGGCUUCAACGAGGGCGACGUCAUCGUGCUGACCGGCCGGGUCGACGCCAACUGGUACGAGGGGACGCUGGGCGACCGGACGGGCCUCUUCCCCGUCAGCUACGUGGACGUGCUGGUGCCUCUGCCGUUACCGUGACGACGCGUCCAACAUCCCAAGGACUCCAAAAAGAAGUUAGACGUUAGAGAUGUGGGAGACAAUAUGCAAGUUCUCAGCUUCUUAUUUGCACUUUUUCACAAUCAGUCAAAGGAAAGGACGGCCAUAGUUUUUGAUGCAGAGCAGCGGUUCCCAAAGAUAGGGCGUUGAGGGAAAUUUUCUUUCGUUAAAUGCAAAAAAAUGAGAAAAAAGCUAAACAUAUCAGAAUAACUGCUUUGAAACCUGUUGAAAUAGGCUUCUAUGCAGACGAUGUGUUUCUGUUUGCUUUAAAAGGUAAACUGUUUGAGAAUUAUUGCAGGUUUGGAGUGAACUGCAAGUGAAGGAGUUUAAGUAUCUCAGGGUUUUGUGCACAGUGAGACUUAAAAUGAAGCAAAAAAAUGGUCAUAAGCUUUGUGUUUUGGCAACAAAAUGAGGUCCUAAUAUGAGAUCCUUCUAUCAGGAGGUUGGACUAAUCAUUAGAGAUUUAGAGUGAGGAGCUUGGAGUCGAGAUGGUGCAAGUUAAAAUGGUUUGGGGCAUCUGUAAUGGUAGUAAUAAUAAUCUUUACUUAGCAGACCACUUUUCAAAACCCAAAUUAAAGUGCUUCACAUAGCAGCAAAAUAAAGGCGGCUUAAAAACACAGUUUGGUGUAUAAAAACUAGCGCAGUGUUGGAAAGGGUGGACACAUUUUUAAGAAAGCAAAAAAAAAAAACGGUUCAAAAGACUGUAAAAUUCAAAUAAAAUAAGGAAAUCCCCUCUGAUAAAAGUAGGUUUUCUGAGUCGGGAUCCUUCUGAGCAACUUUCACUGGAGGUUUUACCAAACAACCUUCUUGUUUUAUAGUGGUUUCUUCUAACUGAGGCACAGAUCUCAUGCCAUCAAGCAAACAAAGAAGCACAAUGAAAGAUCGUCGCAGCUCUGAAAGAAAACAUACCUUCAAACUGAUGUUGCAAUCAGACUAAUUCUGUAAAAAUAUAUAUGUAUUUGAAUAUUGAAUUUUACAAAAACAACAAAUAAAGAAUCUGGAAAAUGUUGCUAGACAGAAGUACAUCUGAAUUUAAUGUGUUCAAGCUGCUGCCAAAACCAGACUCAGAAUAAGAGGCUGGGGAAAUUCUGUUUUUAGGAGCAUCUCUGUAAAAAAUAGCAAUAAUCUGAAGAAGAGUUGGUAGGGCUGUCCUCAAACAAAGAUUUUCUUUGUUGUAAUAAUUAUCUGAAGCCAUUAGUCCAACUACUACUGGCUAACAUUUGGCCACUUACACAUUUCAAAUAAGCCAUAUUUGACGUUGACAAAAGAGAGACAAAUGUCAAUAGACCAGAACGUUUGGGAACCGCUGCUCUGAAGCUCUUUAGUUUCUGACCUUUGGGUAUCUCAAGUUAUACUUAAAGGAUAAUGUUGCUGAUUUUAUAUAUUUUUCUCACAGUCAACAAACCACAGACUCAGUUACAUUAAACCAUUCACCAUGUUUUCAUCCAAAAGAGGAGGAAACGGCUAGCUUAGCAUGUAGACCUUCAAACAACGAGCGCAGCUUCAUAUAAAACCUACAAGCAAGGCGAAACAGCUAGUUUAGAUUAGCAUGAAAAAAUGGAAAGAGAAAAGAGCUAGCUUAGCAUGAAGAAUGGAAGCAGAUGGAAACAGCUUGCUUAACUUGGCAUAAAAAUAAAUGGGGAAACAGCUAGCUCAACUUUGUAUGAAGAUUGGAAAUGGAGCAACAGCUUUGCUGACUUAGCAUAAAUAUAAAAAGGAGGAAAUAGUUAGCUUAGCACGAAGACUGGAAACAGCUAGCUUUGCUAGGGAUAAUGAUUGGAAACUGGUGGAAACAACUAGCUCUACUUGAUAUGAAGACUUAAAGGGGAGCAGCAGUUAGCUUAACUUAGCAUGAAGACAGGAAACAUUUGGCUUAGCUUAGCAUAAAGAUAAACAGGGGAAACAGCCCGCUAAACUUAGUAUGAAGACUGGAAAUGGAGCAACAGCUAGGUUAACGUAGCAUAAAGAAACCUAGGGGAAACAGCUAGCUUAGCUUAGGGAAAGCACUAGAAACAGGGAAACCACCAUUUAACACGGCAUAAAGACUGGAAACAAUGGGAAGCAGUGUGCUUAGCUAAGCAUAGAGUUUGGAAACAGAUGGAUAAACCAGCUUAACUUAGCAUAAAGAUUUAUAAGGAAAACAGUACCUUAAAUUUCCAUGAAGCCUGGAAAUGCAGCAAUAGCUAAGUUAACUUAGCAAAAAGAUAAACAGGAGGAAAUAGCUAGUUUAGCAUUAGUUAAACAAAUUAGAUUAACAUGAAGUCUUUAAAUAGGUGGAAACAGCUAGCUUAACUGAGCAUGAAGAUAACCAGGGGAAACUUGGCUUAGGGACAGACUGGCGACCUGUCCAGGGUGUCCCCUGCCUUCGCCCGAGUCAGCUGGGAUAGGCUCCAGCACCCCCCGCGACCCUAGUGAGGAUAAAGCGGUGUAUAGAGAAUGGAUGGAUGGAACUUGACUUAGGAUAAACACUCCUAAGCACACACAAACUAGUCAUAGUAUAAAAACCGGAAGCAAUGUGAAGCAGCUAGCUUAGCUUCGCAUGAAGCAUGGAAACAUGGUCUCAUGAUAGUUUUCUACAAACUGGUGGUUUGCAAUGUGGCAUCCUGAUUCCAUGUUCACUUCUUGAAGCAGAACUUGAAGCUUCAAUAUUCUGGUAUAAAAUGAAAUUAUUUGAAUUUAUUGAGAAACUGCCUCACAGAUCACUUUCACACCUUUAAGAAUCAUGACUGUUUGCUGGGAUGUGUUGACUGUAAGAAAAAUGUAGAAAACGUAUCCUUUAACACAGAGAAAAGAGGUUCAGUCAGUGAACACAACAUUCUUACACUUUUUUCCCUUUAAGCCUCUGAGCUACGUUUCAUUCACAAACAGCCUUUUACAUCACUGCACAUUUACACUUUGGUCUGAGACAAACUGCAGGCUGCUGUGAACAGGGUACUGCUGUAACUGAGUACAUCACCCUCUGUAAUCCUUAGUUCUGAGGUAAGAAAAGUAAAAAUACCCAGAUUACAGUUGUGUAAUGGAUGGUUUUGUGUAUUCUGUGCCGGCAGGUUCCUCCACUGACACUCUGCAAAUACUUUAAGCAAAGAUGUCACAGGCUGUCGGCACUUUAUCAGCUUAUUGAGACUCAGGUCAGGAUGGGGAACAAAUUGACAACAAACUACACAGAAGUUACAUCUGGGCUUUUUGGAGUUUUGCUGUACAGAUCAUCAGCUUAAGUGCUUGGAAAUUAUCAACUAAAAAAAGAUGUGGUUCUUUUUACACAAAAUAGCUUUAAUAAAAUGUGAUUUAGGGGAUACAGAGUCACUGUUAGAAGAUAUAUUAAACAGUUGAAGCGAACAGUGAAAAAAUCACAUGUUGAAACCUCUGAGAAAACACUGGUAUAUUCCUUUUAACCAGGUUAAAGGUCAUUGUACACUAGCACCUAGGAUUCUGGGACUAUUCAAAGGAAUACUUUGACAUUUGAUGUUGACACAAAAUGUUCUCUUGUGUUUUUCAUUCAUUUAUUUUGAACAGCUAGCUUAACUUAGCAUGAAAAUGUGGAAUGGGGAGACAGCUAGCUUAGCUUAGUGUAAGGACAAGUAGGGGAAGCAGCUAGCUUAGCUUAAUGUAAGGACAAGCAGGGGAAGCAGCUAGCUAACUUUAGUAUAUGGGCAAGCGGUGGAAACAGCUUGCUAUCAUUAGUGUAUGAACAAGCGGUGGAAACAGCUAGCUAGCUUCAGUGUAUGGACAAGCAGGGGAAAAGGCUAGCUUAGCUUAGUGUAUGGACAAGCAAGGGGGCAGCUAGCUUACCAUAGCCUAAGGACAAGCAAGAGAAGUGGCUAGCUUAGCUUAGUGAAAGGCUUAAAAAACAAGGGAACCAUCCUGCUUAGCCUAAUGUAAAGACUGGAAACAGAGGGAAUCAACUAGGUUAACAUAGUAUAAAAACUGGAAACAAGGAAAACAGCUAGCUUGGAAUAAAGAAUUAGGCUGUGUCCGAAAUGGCAUACUAACGUACUACUCAUACUAAGUGUGACGUCAAAAUAAGUAUGUAGUGUGUUCACAUUAGAUAGUAUGAAAAGAUUGAGUACGUAAGAAAUACCCGGAUGUAUACUAUUUCCGGAAAAUUUUUAAGUAUGCGCGGUGACCACACUAGUCAUACUCAACCGCCCCAUAAUGCUUUGCGAGCUACCCACCAAAAUGGAAGCCUCCGCAGGAUCUGUGGCCAGACCGGGGCGAUUUUUAUUUAUUUUAUGUGGUUAAGUAGUCAUCCUAAUCACCCCACAGAUUUGAGAAAUAGGCGUUUUCUGACCAGCGUUUUAAAUUUGUCAGACGCCUCACAACGUGCUACUGAAUGCUAGCAGCUAGUUGCAGCAGCUCGCUUUGCAUACAGAACAAGUAGCAGCUACCUCCAGUAGCCUGCAGCUACAAUUGAAACGAUUCGCAUAAUCUGGCUAAUAACUGCAUGAGGAGUGCCGGCUUGAAAUUGCAACAUUAAUUAUGCGACUGUUUGUUAGCGUAAAAUCAACCUGAAGCUGGCAUUCAGCCGAGAUAUUUGAUAGCCGUACUUCUGGUUUUUGUCGUCGGAGGUUUGAAAUGCAUUAUGGGAAACGUAAUAGUAUACUACAGUGUGAACGGUUGGCAUUGUAAUCAUACUUAUAGUACGUAGUAUACAGUAUAUACUCAUUGAGCAUGUAGUAUGUAGUACGUUAUUAUGCCAUUUCAGACACAGCCUUAGAAUAGAUGGAAACAGCUAACUUAGCCUAGCAUAAAGAUGUACAAGAGGAGAAAACAGCAAGCUUAGCUUGACAAAAAAAAGAUCUAGCCUAACUCAGUAUAUUUUUUUUUAAAAAUUGGGAAAACAGCUUACUUAGCUUAGUGUAACAAUGAGCAGGGAAAACAGCUAAUGUAGUUUAGUAAAGACUAAAAAAACUAGGCAAACGGCCAGCUUAGCUUAGCAUAAAGAUCAACAUGGGAAGCAGCUAUCUUAGCUUAGUACAAAGACUGAAAACAAGGGGAAACGGAUAUCUUAGCUAAGAAUGAAAACUGGAAACAGCUAGCCUAACUUAAAGACUAGAUACAAGGGAAAUGACUAGCUUAUCUUAGUAUGUCGACUAAAAACAAAGGGAAACAGCUAGCUUAGCUCAACGUAAAGUUAAGCUGGGGAAACCGCUAACUUAACUUAGCAUGAAGAAUGGAAGCAGAGUGAAUUUGCAUGCUUAGCUUAGCAUGAAGACUGAAAGUAGGACAACAUAGUUAGCUUAGAUUAGCAUAAGAACUGGACACAGGUCAAUACAGCUAACUGAGGUUAGCAUAAGGACUGGCAAAAGGGGGAAUCAGGUAGCCGGAUUCUGCCUAAAGAAGGAACUCCUCUAAAGAUCACUGAUUAAUAUGUUCGAUCUCAUUUCACAGGGUACUUCACAUAUUAUGGUCAAGGUUGCCUUAUUGUUUUAAAUUAUACAGAGAACACCAACAGUUUAUUUUGGAGCGAGCAUUGAUCAAAUUUAUUAAAACGAUAAACACUGAGCGGGUUGGGUAUCUCUUCCCAAAAUGUCAGACUGUUCCUUUUAAUCUCAGAGGUCGGUGUGAUGGAGACUGUUGGUUUGUGUUGACACCACCCUGAGCUGAAGCUGCUGCUUUUGUUGUAGUUUGUCAGUUAGAAAUGCAGAAUGUAUAUAAAUUAGAGCACAAGCAGCUGCCGUGUAUUCUACAAAAUGUCCCUUUAGACACCUAUUUAAAAUAUAAACCUGCAGUUAACACAGAAUAGACCACUGUAUUUAAUAGUGACUGUUGUAGUUGACAUAAGAAGCCGUGCUGUUGUGGAUCUUCUGGCUUUACGUGAUAAAUGAAUCACUGCACUUGAAUGUAAUGAAUUAAUAAAAUGUGUAAAUGUUCAUUUUGGUUUGGAAGCUGAGGGGAAGCACAUACACAGUUUUAUUCCUCUCUUUCAGGGAAAUGACCAGCCUAUCUGCAGAAUGUUUCUACAGUGUGUUUGCUGUUGAACUGAACAAACAGCUGGGAAAUAAUCUUAAAUAUCAUUGUCUGAAUAUCCACCAUCACUGAUGUUCUCCAGAUUAAUAUUGUUUCAGUGGAAAACACUUUCGUUGAGGCUUUAAAUGAAGCUUUGUGCUGUUUGAAAUCAUCUCAGAUGUAUUAGAUGUCGGAUUAUCUGCAUGGUGACUGUUAAGCUGAUUUUUAAGUCAUUUUGCAGCACCGUUGAAUCAUGUUAUUCCUCUGAGAACACAGAUUUUUGUUGUAGAAACUCAGAAUGUAUUUCUGCAAUAAUUUCUUUGAGUAAUAAAUGUUCUUUCAUGUCUA